UCAGUCUCCAUGUCUCUUCUGGGCUAUCCUGGACUUUGCAGAGCUACCUCCCAUAGAAACCACUGCUACAUCCCCGUGACACCUUCCAUCACCAUCUGCUCCGAUGAUGUAAACCCGGCCUUCAGACAUUACGUACCCAGCAGCUGCCAAGGCAACCUCUGGCUUCUGGAUCAUUGCCAGGACUCCUACUGUGAAGCACCUUGCCGCGAAGCUCCCAGCCAUGAGCCCAAGACUUGCUCUCCAGCUGGUGAUCCCUCGGACUCCUGUGUGCCUUGCAAUUCCCCAUCUGCAAAUCAAGUCGUGAGUGCCUGCGAAACUACCAACAUCAGAUCCAGACCCAGCUGCAGUCCCUGUACCGGGACCAAAGGGUAUGUAUCCAAUUGUAGCACAGCUACUCGACUUGCAUCUAAAGCCUGCCAAACUCCUCAAAAUGGCUCCUGCUUCAUAGGGCAAUUUAAUUCCUUCCCUACGAAUCUCCAAACACUACGUCACUGUGGUCUGGGCAACAGUGGAUAUAGAAGCUAUGGAAAUUUUGGAUUCAUCACCAAUGGCUUCUCCCCAUCUUGUUACAUUACCAAUAGCUACCAACCCCCAAAUAACCUAAUGAGAUAUUGCCAGUAUUCAAAUUAUGGGCCUUCAAGCUUCCCAUCACGGGGCUACUUAUGUAGAAACUUUCAGUCUCUGAGCUACAUACACAGUGCAUUUCCACCUUUGAGAUAUUUAUGCAGCAAUAGAAGACCUCUGAAUUGCUACUGAUCGACUUACAGCUUGCACGAGAGUUCUGGAUAGGCUGACGAAGCAGAUUCUACCCGGUUCUAUGGUCUCUAUUAUUCUGCUAAAUUGCUUUAUUUAUCUCUAGAAGGUUGUUGCACUGGCCUCAAGUGUAACCCUAGACUUGGUUAACCACUCCGUAGUUUGUCUUUGGUUAGUGCUCCCUGUAUAAAAGUCUGAUUAUGAUGGUAGUGUUAGCUUUAAAACUCACUAGAAUGGAUUUACUGAAGAGACUCCACAUGAAGAACAAUCAUAAACUUUUUUACUCUGGUUGUCACCUGCCUGCCACUGUGGUGAUCUUCUAUCUUGGUUUGACGGUUGAUUUCGACAGCUUUUUUUCCAAUUGUUCUGCUUUUUUUGUUUAUUUUGUUUUAACCGCCUGAUAAGCAUCUUGCCAGAAAAGGGAGAAAUAAAAUGGCCUUAAAUAUUCUGAAAGGAGCUAUUUCAUC